GACCGAACAGAUCGGUUUAUAUGUGCGACAAGCAGCAAUAAACAAGACGAAAAACGGGAUAAAUUCUGUUUUUUCUUGCCUCGGAGGGAACCGUAAACCGAUAAGUCUUCACACAGAAGGAAAUGCCCCAGUAGGACAUUUUGUGAAACAUCAGCAUAAUGUCGGGGAACAACUUGGUUCUACCCAUAGUGCUAUGGGGCCGCACGGCUCCCACCCACUGUAUCAGCAGUCUGCUGGUGAUGGACGACUUCAGCACCAUCAUCACUGGCUGCCACGACGGACAGAUCUGCCUCUGGGACAUGACUCCUGAGCUGGAGAUUUGUCCCAGAGCCAUGUUGUUUGGUCAUACCGCCUCCAUCACCUGUCUGUCUAAAGCCAGUGCGUGCAGUGACAAACAGUACAUUGUCAGUGCAUCAGAGAGCGGAGAGAUGUGUUUAUGGGAUGUUAAUGAUGGACGUUGUAUUGAGUUCACCAAGCUGGCCUGCGCUCACACUGGCAUACAGUUCUAUCAGUUCACCAUCGGCACUGAGAGGGAGGGACGUCUGCUUUGCAACGGCCACUACCCAGAAAUCCUUGUGGUGGACGCUACUAGUCUUGAAGUCCUGUACUCCCUGGUGUCCAAGAUCUCUCCUGACUGGAUCAGCUCCAUGAGCAUUAUCCGAUCCCACCGAACACAAGAGGACACAGUGGUGGCAGUGUCGGUGACGGGGAUUUUGAAGGUCUGGAUCAUCACAGCUGAGGUCAGCAGGAUGCAGGACCUGGACCCUGUGUUUGAAGAAGAGUCUAAACCCAUCUACUGUCAGGGCUGUCAGAGUAUUUCCUUCUGUACCUUCACUCAGAGCAGUCUGCUGGUUGUCUGUUCCAAGUACUGGAGGGUGUUUGAUGCAGGAGACUACUCGCUGCUCUGCUCAGUGUCCAGUGACAGCGACCAGGCCUGGACCGGAGGAGAGUUCAUCGCCGCGGACAAAGUCAUCAUCUGGACUGAAGACGGCUGCAGUUACAUCUACAAGCUGCCCGCCAGCUGUCUGCCCGCUAGUGAACAUUUCCGCAGUGAUGUUGGGAAAACCAAAGAAGGCUCGAUCCCCCCGCUGGUCUACAGCAUUGCCGACCGUUCAGACAAACAGCUCCUCAUCUGUCCUCCUGUGACUCGCUUCUUCUUCGGCCGUCGAGAGCCCUUCCAUAAGCUGCUGAUCCAGGGAGACUCAGCGGGCCGACUGUCCCUGUGGAGCAUCCCAGACACCUCGCCGCUGCAGCCGCUGUCCACCGCUGCAGAGCUGCAGGUGUCGUCCACCAUCAGUCUCCAGGAGGCGUUUGAUAAGCUGACCCCCGUGUCUGCAGGGAUCAUCGACCAGCUCAGUGCUCUGCCUGGAAAAGACGGACCCAUUAAGGUGACAGCCAGCGUGUACAUCCCCUCUCAGGGCCGCCUGGUGUGCGGGAGAGAAGAUGGAAGCAUCAUCCUGGUUCCUGCCACUCAGACCGCUAUCGUCCAGCUGCUGCAGGGGGAGCACAUGCUCAGGAGAGGCUGGCCGCCCCAUCGUACCCUGCGAGGUCAUCGUAACAAGGUGACAUGCGUCCUGUAUCCGUACCAGAUCUCUCCCCGCUACGACCAGCGCUCCCUGGUGUCCGGAGGAGUGGACUUCUCUGUCAUCGUCUGGGACAUUUUCACCGGAGAGAUGAAGCACAUUUUCUGUGUCCACGGAGGAGAGAUCACCCAGCUCAUCGUCCCACCUGAGAACUGCAGCACUCGGGUGCAGCACUGCGUCUGCUCGGUGGCCAGCGACCACUCGGUCGGCCUGCUCAGCCUCAGGGAGAGGAAGUGCAUCAUGCUGGCGUCGCGACACCUCUUCCCCAUCCAGGUCAUCAAGUGGCGUCCUGCAGAUGACUACCUGGUGGUCGGAUGCUCUGACGGCUCCGUCUACGUCUGGCAGAUGGAUACAGGAGCCUUGGACCGCUGUGUGAUGGGCAUAACUGCAGUAGAAAUCCUGAACGCCUGCGAUGAGCUGGCUCCAGCCACUGUGGACGCUCUGAGCCACUCCGCUGUGAACCUGAAGCAGGCGAUGACUCGCCGCAGCCUGGCGGCGCUGAAGAACAUGGCCCAGCACAAGCUGCAGACGCUGGCCACCAACCUGCUGGCUGCAGACAACGCUGACAAGGGCAACCUGCCGAAAUACUCCCAUAAUGCCCUGGUGGUCCAGUCGAUGAAGACCAACCUGACGGACCCUGACAUGCACGUGCUGUUCUUCGACGUGGAGGCAGUGAUCAUCCAGCUGCUGACGGAGGAAGCCCAGAGACCCAACCCCACCUUGGUGUCUCCAGAGACCCUGCAGAAGAGCCAGGCUGGGGCCGACAAGGGGGGGUCCUUCCUGGCCAAUAAGAUCUUCAAACAGGUGAAGGAGACGAUGAAGGAGACCAUCAAGGAGCACCUGUUGGACGAAGACGAAGAGGAGGAGGAGGAGAUGAGGAGGCGGGAGGAGAAGUCCAAGUCUCUGAGUCUGCUGGAGUACAACCUGACGAUGGACACGGCCAAACUCUUCAUGUCCUGCCUGCACGCCUGGGGUCUCAACGAGCAGCUGGACGGCAUCUGUCUGGAGCGACUGGGCAUGCUCAGACCGCACUGCCCCAUCUCCUUCGGCCUGAUCUCCAGAGGAGGACACAUGUCCCUCAUGCUGCCCACCUUCAAGGAGUCCUUGCUGCGGCAGUUGUCCCUGGCGACCGGUCUGAAGCUGACUCUGUCCGACAUCGUGGGGAAAGGGACAUACGGCGUGUCGAGGGCCGUCACCACACAGCACCUGCUGUCUGUUAUCUCUCUGGCCAACACUCUGAUGGGCAUGACCAACGCCACCUUUGUAGGAGAGCACAUGAAGAAAGCACCAGUCAGGCCUCCCAGACCAGGAGGAACCCCGGAGACUCCUCGCAGGACGCUGGCUGCCCCCCCUCAGCCCUCCAACCCAGCGCUACAGGCCCAGAUCAAACAAGCUGCUGUAGCUGCCACAGCCAACACCAGCACUGUUACUACUGCUGGGGCUCCGGGGGCCCCCAGGGGCCCUCCUCCGAGGCCCCCUGGCUCCCCGAGCCCCGGCCCAGCUUCUCAUAACAUCCCCUCAGUCAACGAAGGUUGGAGCCAGCUGGCAGCCAUGCACUGUGUGAUGCUCCCUGACCUCCUUGGACUGGACAAGUUCAGGCCUCCUCUGCUGGAGAUGUUGGCGAGGAGAUGGCAGGACCGCUGUCUGGAGGUGCGAGAAGCAGCACAAGCUCUCCUGUUGGCUGAGUUAAGGAGAAUCGGCCAAUCCGGACGUAAAGACACCAUCGACCUGUGGGCUCCCUACCUGCCUCAGUAUGUGGACACCGUCAGCUCCCCUGGGUCGGCCACUGAGCCCUCCCCUCCGGCCCCGCCUCCUCCUGAGGCUCAGCCAAUAGAAGCAAAGGUUCCUGAGGAGGAGAUGGACGUCACAGAUGAUGACAUCACAGCAGGCUGUCUGUCCAACCUUCCACCAAACGCCAAGAAGAUCUCCAACUCGUACGAAGAGCGCCGCAAACAAGCCACCGCCAUCGUGCUGCUGGGGGUCAUCGGCGCUGAGUUCGGUGCUGAGAUUGAACCUCCAAAGGGUUUGGCUCGGGCCCGGGCAGGCGGACAGGCACCUGAAGGCUUCGGACUGACCAGUGGAGGCUCGUCCAACUACUCCCUGGCCAGACACACAUGUAAGGCGCUGACCUUCCUGCUGCUGCAGCCCCCCAGCCCUAAGCUGCCUCCCCACAGCACCAUCCGCCGCACCGCCAUCGAUCUGAUUGGCCGAGGCUUCACCGUGUGGGAGCCAUAUAUGGACGUGUCAGCGGUGCUCAUGGGGCUGCUGGAGCUGUGCGCUGACGCCGAAAAACAGCUGGCCAAUAUCACCAUGGGUUUGCCCCUCAACCCGCCUGCAGAUUCUGCUCGCUCAGCGCGCCAUGCCCUCUCUCUCAUCGCUACAGCCCGGCCCCCGGCCUUCAUCACCACCAUUGCAAGAGAGGUUCACCGGUACAACGCAGCUCAGGCGAACUCUCAGUCGCAGCAGAACGUUCACACCACCACUCUGGCCAGAGCCAAGACUGAGAUCCUGCGAGUGAUCGACAUCUUGAUUGAGAAGAUGCCUGGAGACGUUGUGGAUCUGCUGGUCGAGGUGAUGGAUAUCAUCAUGUACUGUAUUGAAGGGUCUCUGGUGAAGAAGAAAGGACUUCAGGAGUGUUUCCCCGCUAUUUGCAAGUUCUACAUGGUCGGUUACUGUGACCGUAGCCACCGCAUCGCUGUCGGAGCUCGCCAGGGUUCAGUGGCCCUCUACGACGUCCGUACUGGAAAAUGCCAGAACAUCCAUGGUCAUAAAGGUCCAAUCACAGCAGUGUCGUUCGCCCCUGAUGGCCGUUACCUGGCAACGUACUCCAACGCUGACAGCCACAUCUCCUUCUGGCAGAUGAACACCAGUCUGCUGGGCAGCAUCGGGAUGCUGAACUCUGCCCCUCAGCUCCGCUGCAUCAAGACCUACCAGGUUCCUCCCGUGCAGCCGGCCUCCCCGGGCUCCCAGAACCACCUGAAGCUGGCCCGCCUCAUCUGGACCUCCAACCGCAACGUCAUCCUGAUGGCCCACGACGGCAAGGAGCACCGAUUCAUGGUCUAAACCGGAUCUGUGUCUCCAGCUGAGCCCAAGUUGUGUCUGUUUUUAGGUUUCUGAAGUGCUCCAGCAUGGAUUCUCUCAGUGGUCGCUUUAGUUUUAGCUUAACGUUUGAUCGAGUUUAAAAAUAAGUGAGGCUGAUAGUGAAGGCUCGUAUUGGACUACAGCUUGGCCAGAAACGUUAAAAAAACCCAGCUGAGCUCCAGAUGGACUGGAUGAAUUUUUUUGUUUUUAUCUUCCAUAGUGAUCAUUGUGAGGAAUCUCUAUCUGUAAUUUAUUUCAACGCCCUGAUAGAAGUCCUGUUUACAAUCAGUGUAUUUUUUAGUUCUUACCUCUUGUCAUUCCUAUUUAUUUGCUGGAAAAAUCUCCAGUCACCAUCUUGCUGCAGGGUCCAAACUGUUGCAGUUUAAUUAAAGUCAGCCUUUAACUUGCUGCCAUUUGGCUUCCCAACUACUUCAGCGUUAAAUAAGAUCAUUUAAUUAUUCAUUUUCUUAAUGUUAGCUGAUUCACUUUGCAGACACAAUAAUUGGAACGUGGAUUUACUGUAGCAACUUUAAACGAUUCAACCUUCGCUCCAUUUUCUGUUCUUUAUAUUAAAGUUUGGGAGUGAAAAGAUGAAACAACCUUAAAAUGAAGUUCUUUAUUUGUAAUUGCUGGAAUGAUUUGUUCUCUCCGACCUCUGCAACACAAGUACACAGCACAUGUGUGUUUGUUGAGAGUGGGAGUUCUUUGGUGUUUCCUUUUACUUUUGUGACACCUUUAAAGCUUUUUCCAUCCUCACUGAGCUUCAUGUAGAAACGUGUGUGUGUGUGUAUGUGUGUGUGCGUUUACACCCGAGUGUAUUUUCACAAGCACACAUUCUCACUUCAGACUGCUCGGCCUAAAAGCUGGAUCACAGAAAGGCUUUAGACUCAGGAGGUGCAGCAUUUCUCACUGCAGAUAUUUUAAAGAAGCACAACAUUAUUUUGGUCACAUUUAAAGAGGAUAAUGGCAACAUUGUAUGAGUCAACAAAAGGGUUUCUGGGGGACAGGUCCAGACUAACACAUAUAGUUUAUAUGGCUCAUUAGUGCCGUUUGGUCCAAAAGGAGCAAAAUAGUUUUUGAUAGUCUUCCAUCCGAGUUGGUCAAAUUAUUUCAUUUUUCAUUGAGUCUGAACACAGUCACAAGUCUCUCCGUGCAGACCGCAUCUCAGCUGCAUCUUCAGGCCACCUGAAGAGUUUAUUAACUCUUCAGCUUUAUAUACAUCUCGCAACCUAGAAGUAGCAGAGCGUGCUGUCCCUGCACAGAGCCGGAGAGCAGCACUCUGCUCCGGUUAAUUAUCCAACAGACUCUGCCUUCACGUUCACCCAGCAGCUUGGAACUUCUUUAGUCUUGAGGAGCUGCAGUGGUUAUUCAUGAACAAACUGUAAACUACACUGCACAUGACAUGCCACACUGCAGAGAAAGCUUGCUGCUUUUAAAGAUAUAUAAAGACGGAUCUGAUAUAUACAUUUGUUUCUGUGUCAUGUGAUGGCUGCUGUGACGGUCCCGGUCUAGACACAGGGUUGGAUCAGUUUUUUCUGUCUAGUGGUUUUAAUGCAGUUUUGUGUCUUCAAUCUUUUUUUUUCAAUGGGCAUAGUACUAAGACCCCUCAGUUCCCCUUAAAUCACUCAGUUCCCUCUGGUUUCCCUGGAGCAUCCCUCUCUCCAGCCUGUUCUCCCUCAAAAACGUCAGUAUAGGUCGUGUGUACAGGCAGCGAAAAAAAAGCUAUAUUCACGUAAUUCAAGUUAAAAAGACGGAUUCCCCUGCUUGGUUGGACAAUGGGGUGGUGGAUGGGUCCAACAAAUGGCGGACUUUCACCCAGGAGAGCGUGGUUUGUGUCCCGUGUGAAAACAAAAAUAAGUGAUUUUUAACCCUAAGUUACGUGAAUCAUGUCUUUUACAUCACUGAUGUUAGUCACAUGACCCGUGUAACUACUUCACUUCUGGCAUUUACGUACAUUUAUUUACUGUUUAAACUGUCUUUUAGAACGCCUUACCAGGAAGUUUUUUGCCCUAAACCUAGGUCAGUAGUUUUACAACAUAAAUCCACAAAAAACUGCAGCCUUUUUGGUGCGACUUGUGUGCUAUUUUCAGAACGUGCCGCUGUACCAUUAGCCGUGAAACGCGAGCCGUGAUACGUACAUGUUGUAAUUUGUCAUACUGACACACAACCUCUUCUGUCAUUUAGGUUGGAGAGCUUGUUGCUCUCUCACAAUGUAAAAACUAUUCUGGAGCUUCAUGCGUUGCCUCAUUCUCCACCUUGCUUUGUAUUUUUUGGGUGAAUUGUGCAUUUCUUUGCAGAUGACAAUGCUUUAAAUAUUACUGGUAGAUGUCCACUUUCCCGCAUCUUGCUCCCAAUGUGUACAUAUACAGUAUAUAUAUCUGAUCAGAGCUGCUGUGUAAUGUAGUCUGUUACUCUUGUACAGUGAGCGUAGAUCCUGUGUGGUGAACUUGUUGUGGCUACUGUCUGCCUGGCACUGACUAUUUCUUCAAAUGAGUGAAUUUUUCUGCUUGAGUUGAUUUCAAACUUUGGAUUUUUUAAAGUCACAGUAUUCCAUUUGGAUGAAUAUCUUGACUGUCAUGUUAUUGAGAGGUUAUCAAUGGAACACUUUUUCAGUUUUUUCUUUGAAUGUCACAAAUGUUUACAUUCCUUAUUAAUAACAGCAGGUACAAAAAAGCACGACUUAGCUUGUUAUCCUGGAACUAACCAUGUCCAUGAAUGCUACAGCUUUAGCAGCAUAACUAUUCAAAGAAAAGAAAUUGUUUUUGUGGUAUAUCUUCUCACCUUUCUGUAGUUAUGUAUGUUGGUACACCAUGACAUCACUGUUAGGUGUCAUUAGCCAUGUUUUCAUCAACGAAUUUCAAUGUACGUUUUGAAGAUUUGAAUGAGAAAAGCUUGAUGGAAACACCAAAAUUUGAUAAAAUAUUCAGAAAAGUUUUUAAGCUCCCUUGAGUUGGAGCACUAAACGGGAGAUGGAAAUGUAUGUGUUCAACGUAGCGAUUUAACUCAUGACUGAUCAGCUGUUUCCGCUCUGACAUGUAAGAACAAUUAUAAGUCGCCCUGUUUAAUCUAGGUCCUGAAGACAUAUUUUCUGUCAUGGUUGGCCAAAGUUGUCCGAUUAGCAACCUAUUUUUUUAAUAUAACUUGUUCUUUCUCUGAUGGAAACGUCCCUAUUUAAAAAUUUUGCUUCAAAAUUUGGUUCGAUUUUAAUGGAAACACGGCUAAUAAUUUAAAGUUUGGCUCUAAAGUUCCAGCAUGACUCUUCAUGGUUGGAGACAUGAUUUUGCACAUUGUACCUUAACUGGUCAGGACCUUCUUUUUUAAAAUAUGUCGUCACGUUGUCGUCUGUUUUAGUGCUCAGAGUUUUAUGCAGAAAGAGAAAUAUAUACCUACAAACUGUAUAUACAGAUAUGAUAUUUCUAGACUCGUUCCUGGCAGAAUCACACUGAAUAUUUAGAUUCUUUUGGCUCUUGGUAGCGACUGGCAUUCAUGAAUUAGCUUUAAUUCUAUAUUUUCCACUCUUCCUUCUCCUCUGUCCUCUCCUCCUCUCCUCUGUCCUCCCUCUUCUCCUUCCUCCAUCUCCUGUCAGUUUCAUUAGUGCUGUCAGAAAGCUUCUAACACUGUUACACACCUGUAAACCCGAGCGUGUCAAAGCUUUUCACAAGUUCUUCCUCUCUUCAAAAAAAAUAUCCAGCAGCUCGUCAGACGGGUUUCUGAAAACACACACACACACACGCACACACACACCUAUGUCAAGUCCAGCAAGUCCAGACAGCUUUGAGAUCUUAAUCUUUGGUUUUCUCCGCCACUCUUAACAGUUUGAGAAAAUAUGUUUUUGGCAGUCUCUCUGGGGAGGAAAGGUGAGAAAAAUAAAGUAGGCAGAGAGGAGGAGCGGAAGAGUAAGUAACAAGUGAGGAAGAUCAGGUCAUCCACCCAGAAAAAGGAGGCUCUCUGUUGGAGGUAGUGAACCGAAAUGUCUAAAAGAACCUUCUGGUUCUGCGGCAUCGUGGAGAAAAAAUAAGAUAUAUUGUGCAGUAUCCAAACACUGCAGAUAGAAAUAAAUAGAAAUUGAUCUUCACAGUGACUUGAAUAUAUAAAUGAUAAAUAUGACAGGAACAGUUUUACAUUUUUAGCUACUUGCGUGGCUUCAAUUGUCUAUUUUUUGUGUCUGAUGUGUGACUGUGCUCUUAAAAUAAAAUGUGUCUGCUUACUUCAACAUUCAAAGAUUCAGUUCAGAACACACUAAAUGUAAUCAGCUUGUUUUAUUUGUAUUUUUUAAAAAUUGGAUUAUUUAUUGUUCAUACAUUAAACUCAAUCUAGAUAUUUAAGAGUGAGUGUGUGUGUGAUGUAGUGCAUGUAUAUGAGCUUCACUCGAUGUAACUGCAGGUUGAAUCUACAUUUAAUGUGUUGAAAUGUGUUGAUGUUGUUGACUUUGUGACCAAUAAAGAUGAAAAUAAGACGG